GCAUAGAUAAGUGAUCAUACGUGUCCGAGAUAUGAUGUGACUCGGCAGGUAUCAAAAGCUAAUGAAGCUGGUAUGCGACAAUAUGCGGAUCGUCUCUUAAUGCACGUUACUAAGGGUAGUAUGCUGACUGCAUGCUGCCCUCUUCGCUUCGUGCAGUAAAGAGCUUUUUGUGUAGGGUUGGAGUGGGGGAGUUCAUCAGUGAUGAGGUUGAAUGGGGUUGUUAUACAACAUGUGACGAUAAUGGUGGUGGAUUUCUUCGCAGGAUUGCCUCUGACGAUGUCAGGAGGCGACAUGCUCGGGGCUGACGUGUUCUCUUUCGAUAGGAUCGCCGUGCUUUCCGUAAUGAACCUUGGGAGAUAUAAAGGGCAGUGGUAAUCCGACGAGAUGCGAGGUCUUCGAUGGUAAAGCCACCUACAUCUCAUUACAAGUCAAGGACCCUAUAUCGGUGGCAGAGGUAUCCCUGGUUCCUUAAGACGGCCACACCACUCGGUUAUGAACAGCCAGUAAGUGACAGUCAAGACCUUCAGAGACUACCGACUCUAGCUAUCUAUGGAGCGCCCGAUGGACUUGGCCGAUGUGCGGAAGAUGAUGAGCACCUUCCUACGGGAUUGUGACCUCAAAUAUUCACGGCCUCAGGAGCAUCCCGAGUUCGAAGCCGAAAUGAUCGCCGAGUGUAUGCGGCGUGGGUACACCACUGCAGAGAUCGACAGGAUGAUGCCCUUCAUUCAAACUGGCGUCUCGAUGGCCCGCAACGCUUUUCAUUUCCAGUCGCAUGACAUCCAAGUCUUUGUCUCCCUGUACACGACAUCAAUCGUAUACAUGGAAGAAAAGUUCGAAAGGGACAUGGAGGAAGUCCUGUCUUUCAACCAGAAGUUCAUCACCCGCGACCGCCAGAAAGACCCCAUCAUCGAGCAUUUCGCAGACCUGCUCCGCGAAAUGCCGGCCCUGUUCGGGGAAGUUGAGGCCAACCUCAUACUCAUCUCCACCUUGAACCUCUUCAUCGCGUUCGCGAUCGAGCAUGAGUUCAAACACGUCGAGGUACGUCUCCCACAUUUGUCUUCCACGCCUCGGUCAAUAAUCUCUGACGCCUGUUGCAGCUGGAGCCGUCCUCGUACAUGUUUCCGGGCUUCAGCAGGGCCAUGUCGGGUGCGGGAGAGGCUUUCACCCUCUUCAUGUUCCGGCGGGAGCUUCCCUUUUGCUGGAAGCUCCAGGCACUACCCGACUGCGCGCUAUUCGUCACCAACGCAAAGUAGGUCCCGUGCUCUGCCCUCUCCCCGUCCGCGUCUCUCUCGCUAUCUCGGCUGGCCCGGGGCGGACCGACGAGAAACUAACACAUCUUGCAGCGACGUCUUGUCGUUCUACAAGGAGCAGCUGUACGGCGAAACGGCAAACCAGGUGACCCUGAUAUCGAAAUGUCGCGGGAUCGACGCGGGGGCGGCUCUGAAAGAGCUGGCGGACAAGACCACGGCUGCGCAUUUGCGGGCGUUGAGGACCUUGACUCCGAACAGCGAGGCGCUCGAGGCCUACAAGUCGUUCAGCCAGGGGUAUGUGGGAUUCCAUACCGGUGCUAAGCGAUACCGGUUGGAAGAACUCGGCAUGGGCGACGGCCUCGUGGGCGUUUGACGUCUCGCUGGCCUGCGAGUGGAAGCGAUUGACGGCAGUGGAGAUGGAUUGCGGCGCGUAACUCUCGAUUAUCGCAUAAUUGUCUC